AUGGCCAACCCCAGAGUCGAGGAACUUCCCGAUGAGGAGCCCAAGAAGGUGUCCGUCGAGGAGCACGAUGACGAUGAUAGCUCUGAUUCCGAGAUUGAGGUCGGCGAGGGCGGCGCUUCGGGCUCUACCGCCGUCGUCCACUCCCGUAACGAGAAGAAGGCCCGCAAGGCCAUCGAGAAGCUUCACCUUACCCGCGUCACUGGAAUUACCCGAGUGACACUCCGACGACCAAAGAACAUUCUGUUCGUUAUCAACAACCCGGAAGUCUACAAGUCGCCCAACAGCAACACCUACAUUGUCUUCGGUGAGGCCAAGAUCGAGGACCUGAACUCGGCUGCCCAGCAAGCUGCGGCACAGUCCCUAGCCGCUUCUGGUGGUGACCACGACCACGCUGGUCAUGACCACAGCCACGGCGAGCCCAGCAAGGCUGCCGAGGAUACCGAGGAGAAGAAGGAUGAUGACGACGACGAUGAGGAAGUCGAUGCCGAAGGGCUCGAGGAUAAGGAUAUCGAGCUGGUCAUGACUCAAGCCAACGUCAAACGGAACAAGGCUAUCAAGGCGCUGAAAGAAAACGAUAACGACAUACGAAGCGCAGCCCUCAAGCUCGACUGGACCAAGGUCACCUCCUCGCUAGGUCUGCGGGGGCAGACCGUCGCAAGUCUGCAGGCCUUUAAGCAGCGAAACGAGAAUGCCCGCCGCAAACUGCAGGCUCUGUCCGAACAACCGACGACCGUGGACUUUGCGUACUACCGCUCGAUCCUCAAGAACCAGGCUGUCGUCGACGAGAUCGAGAAGCGGUUCGCCGCCUUCAAGCCCGCCACGUACGAUCUCAACCGCCAGCUCAAGGCCAUCGAGGCUUUUGAGAUCGAGGCCGUGAAGAACGCCGAGAGCACCAAGGAGAAGGUCGAUCUGGAACUGAAGGACCUCGAAGCUACGCUUAAGAACAUCGAGACGGCACGUCCCUUCGAGGAGCUUACUGUUGACGAGGUUGCUGCUGCCGAGCCCUCGAUCGACGAGAAGACGGCCAAGCUCGUGUCCAAGGGCCGCUGGUCCGUUCCGGGAUACAAGGAGAAAUUCGGCGACCUUUCCAUACUAUAG